AUGACCCCAGCAGCUAACGCAGACCCUAGCGCCAAUGGCAUUCCUGUCUCUAUCUUCCAGCAGACUGUCACUGUGAUAUUCUCCAUGCCCGCAGGAUCGCAAUGCUCGCUGCUGUGUUUCAGCUCUCAGUACGUACUACAGACUGGCAUUCAGGCACCUGAUCUUCCUGCGCUGCCCAUCGACUGUGGGGGGGCUCCUUGUGGGAAUCCGCAGAAUGACUGUGUUGACAUCUCAAAGAAGAGCCAUUCUCUCAUAGCCUUCUCGACAUCGAGCUUCAUACGCGGGAGGUUGUACAACUUGGCCUACAAGCUCGUCAGCCCCCAGAGCACGAUCAAGUAUGUCAACUCCCUGGACUUGGUCUCUCAGGUGAGGUGUGGAGAUGGGAUAACGGUCAACAUCAAGUACGACAAGGCUGCAACAAUCAACCAAGAGCAGUGUGAUGACGGGAAUACUCGCCCCAACGACGGUUGCGACUCUUCUUGCAACAUAGAGCCGGGAUGGACUUGCCAUCCGGCAAGCAACACUUCUUCUCUUGCCGUCUGCACUCCCCCGGACUCCUAUCCCAACUCAACCAAAGUAAACGAAAUGGCGGUCUUCACUCGGCUAGGAGUCCCGAUGGUCGUCACGUUUGGGAUGCUAAUUCUUGCUCUCAUCUUGUGGAAACGCUAUCCUCAGGCUUACCACAAGUGCCUGAGGAAGUAUGCGUCUGCUGGCCUCGAGGUGAAGGACGAGGACGAGUUCAGCUCGAAGCGGCUCACCUUCAAGGAACGGAAGGAGCUGGUGAACGGAAAGAUGUGUCAUGGUAUGUCAAGUGAAAUGUGGUUUCAGAAAGAGAAAGAGAGGAUGAAGUCCGAGAACAGACUUGAAGAGGCGAAGAGGAUCAAGAGUCGACUAAUGAAUUGGAACUUGAGAUUGACUAUCAUCGAGGCUCGCAACUUGCCCAAGGCUGAUGUUUUCUUUCGUGACAGUCAGAUGUGCGGGUUGGCCGAUCCGUAUGUGACAGUGAAGAUAGACGGAGACGGCCGAAAAGACAAGAAGACGUACCGGACAGAGAUCUGCAAGAGCACGCUGUGUCCAUACUGGAACAAGGAGAUCUCCCUUCAGUUUGAUGAAGAGGAAGAUCAGGUCGUGAUGGAUGUGUGGGAUUGGGACGCCGGAAAGAACGACGACUGGCUGGGAGUCGUCAGGUUGACUGGGAAUUACAUGAUCUCCGGGUGGCAAUGGGGCCCAGCGGAAGGGCGAUCAGGAAGCGGAGGACAACAAAAUGCGUAUGAAGAGGAUGCCUGGUUUGCCCUCGUAGACAGGAAGGGUAGGCCGGUUCGCAACGUCGAGUCAAAACGAGCAGCAGAGUUGCACCUCAAGUUCAGGAUUGACAAGACCCACGACCCUGUCGCCAUCGUAGAGGGCCUGAUGAACUAUAAGGCGGAACAAAAAAAGAAGGAACAAGAUCACGUGAUUGAAGCCAGACAAGUGUUGAUCAGUCUGCAACGUUACUGCGGAAAAAACAAUCUCAACGUGGACAUGCUGGCAGCUAAGAUGGAUGAAGACGGCAGCGGCUCCUUGGAUAAGGAGGAACUUCUUGUUGGCUUGAACCGAAUAGGAUUCGAGAUCUCAAUGGAAAAGAUUAAGAACAUCUUCCUGAUGUACAGCAAACAACGAAUGCUGGAUGAAUUUGGAAACAUCCCGACCGCAAAGUUCUGUGAUAGCAUCGGCGUCUCCACAUCAGGCGGACUUGUACAGGCCAUGAAGGAGCACGUCAGGCUGGGAACGGGGCAGCUCCACAAGUUACAGGAGGCGAAUUGCGAGGCCUUUCACACGGGCAAGACUCACCCAGCAUGGUGGGAGGGAUGUACGUGUGCGGAUCAGUGGAUCUGCGGCAAGUGCGGUACUUGGCAUCAGCAUGGAAAGAGAGUGUGGAGCUGGAAGGGAGAAUUCCUUGAGGACGCGCAGUGCAGAGAAUGCAAGGAGCCGCGUCCUGAUCCCUUGCCCAAGGUGCCCUGCAAGUUUCUUGUACAGGAGGAUUAUUUUAGGAUCGCAGGAAACAAGCCGGCGGAGAAGAUGAACUUUGGUCAGAAGGAUUCUUUGAUCAUCAGGAUACAAGAUGAAGAGAGGUUGCAAAUCUACGAUGAGCCCACGUGGAAGCUUGGUUACAAGAUACAGAAUCUGGAGAGCAAAGGAGGAAACAUCCAUUCCGACAUGGAAGUGGAGAAAGUUCAUAUCAAUCGCGAAUCCAUUUCAAUGUCAACCAACGAUGACGGUCGAAAGAAGUCGAAAACAAACAAGUAUGUUCUGCCGGACGGUACCUGGGCAGAUGUCCACCAGAGCGCUUGUCCGGCAAUUCCUGAAGCUCCUCAAAAGCUUUCUGAAGUUUCAGAUGAUCAUAGAGACGAGUUGGGGGGCAGACCAGACACGCCGGAGAUUGACGACAUGUUCAAAGUGAUGUACCUUGACAAAGAGGACAAGGGGAAAGACGGAUGGACAUCACACGAAGAAGGGUUGCUAAGUUCACUUAGUGGUUCCACAGGGGUGAAAGUUCCUCCAAUUGCAAACACCUUUAAGUCAAUCUCAGUCGACCUCGUUACAGCAUCGCCGCAACAGAAUUCAUCACGAGAUUUGACAAGUGGACAAGAAAAGUUUGACAUUCACACUGAUGAGCAGCAGCUCAAAUCAAGUUUGAUCGCUCCUCAAUCUCUGCAAAUCUUUACGCACAGAAUGGAUGUAUCCGAUGAUAUGACAUCCAGGAAACAUGACAGAUCAGAAGUUCCGCCACUUGAACAACACACGCUACGAGAAUUGUUGAAGAUGCGACGAGAGAAUAUCAGAGAGCAAGUCAUGAGUCAGAGAAUCGAGAAGAACACUUCUCAACAGAGAGAUCAGGAGCUGGAAGAAAAAUCAGUCAAGAUCUCUUUCAACGACUCUGAGAUGAUAAUUGAGCAGAACAACAACAGGGGCUGCAAAGACACGGAGGCAGAUGCCGAGACAAAAUUUCAAUCUCUCAGCCAGCUAAUGAUUGCAGCUACUCGAUCCGUGAGGAGUCAGAAAGGGAUGACAUCUGUCGUUCCAACCUCUCGCAAUCAAGCAUUCUUAUGGGCUGAAAAGAUUGUGAUCAACCCAACGCAAUCUGAUCUGGAGGAUGAUUCAGCAAGAGAUAUCAUCCUGACCAACCAUGUCUCCGUCCUGGGCGGUGAAGGAAACAUGAGAGGAUACAACAAGGGCCUUCGCUUGAGGAAGGAGAGCGACGAGGUCCUCGUGACGCUGAUCACGCGGCCUCGAUCCCUGGGAGGAGGAGCGUACGGGAUCAUGUUCGACCUCCGAGCUCGACGCAACAUGAUGGUGCGAGGACUGUACAGCGGAUGCGGGCUGGAGGAGGCGUGCGAGGUGAAGACGAAGGGCGUGUGCAUCAUGACGUCUCGGCCGCGAGGGGUGGCAGUGCGAGAGGGACAGAAAGUCUUGCCGGGGAGAGUGUGCGUGGGGUCAAGAGAGACGUGCACUGCUGAGGAGAAGGAGGGGGCGGGAGAGACACGGCGAGUGAAGGAGGGGCUGGAGCUGCUGGGGGGGUCGUUGGUGACGAGCCCGUUCCUCUUCAGUCAGACCCCAAAGGUGAAGGCUCAGAUGGCAGGGGCAAUGAUGAAGGGGUUGGGGUGGGGAAGGGAGACUAGAACAACGAGGAGCGAGCUGGAGGGGGAGUGGGGGCAUGGGUGGGGUAAAGGGAACCAGAAGAGGAAGGAGAUGGCUGUUGUUGACAUGGUUAAUAUCAGGGGAACGCGGAGGACAACAAGGCAGGAGAAAGAUGAGAGAAGCAAGAGAACCAUCGACCAGGGUGAAGCGGAAGAUGGCGGAGAGAAGAUCUUGGCACUGUUGAGCUCUUGGUCAGAACUGGAUGGAGAAAAUGAAUCGAGAGGAGGCACUAUCGCUCGACGGUUGUCAACGGGGUUCUACCCAUCAGCAGAGAUCAGCAUUCCCUCGCCUACAAGGGAUUGGGCCAACCGCAUCAAGCUCAAACACCAUCUCGCGACGAACAAGCGCUUCAUGGAGGUGCGCGUGGAGGACAACAGCAUCGUGCAUGCACAGAGUGCGCCGAUCGAAACCUUUGUCGUUGCACGUUCAAGGAUCGAUGCGAUGCAGAUGGAGAUCAAUAGGAUGAAACUUCGAGAGAUCCGAUACCUCCAGCAGAUCCAAGACCUGCGUGGAGUCGCAGCACGGGUACUGUCGUCUAGCAACCCUUCUACUCCCCGUACCGGCAGUCAGUGA